GGUGGCCCGGCGGGGCACCGCCACCUUCGGUGCACGGCGCCGGCCAUGGAUCCCUUCCCCAAGGACGGCGAGAGCGCGGCGGGCGGGGAGCCCAGCCGGGGAGCGGCCCCCUCCAGCGGGGUGGUGGUGCAGGUCCGAGAGAAGAAGGGCCCCCUGCGCGCCGCCAUCCCCUACAUGCCGUUCCCCGUGGCUGUCAUCUGCCUCUUCCUCAACACCUUCGUGCCGGGGCUGGGAACGUUUGUAUCCGCUUUCACCGUGCUGUGCGGAGCCCGGACUGACCUCCCUGACAGGCACAUGUGUUGUGUGUUCUGGCUGAACAUUGCUGCUGCUCUGAUUCAGAUCCUGACAGCGAUCGUGAUGGUUGGCUGGAUUAUGAGUAUAUUCUGGGGGAUGGACAUGGUCAUUCUCGCAAUUUCACAAGGCUACAAGGAACAGGGGAUCCCACAGCAGCUGUAGUGGCUGGGACAAGUAUGCUCAGAGAGACACGGCGACAGAUUUCCUUUGGCAGCUGUGGGCCACGGACCUUUUCAUUACCCUUUGUCUUUCUUCUUCCUUUUGUUUUGUUUCCUUCUGUCUGAACCUGGUCCAUCUGCCCGUCCAGCAGAGCAGAGGUGCAGAGCUGCCGACAGAGACUUGCACUGAUCCCAUUGAGCAGCAGAGAUGGGGCAAGCACGGCAUGGGGUAGGACUGGUCCUGGCCAGCACACGAUGGGCAGCUGGUGAGGAGGAAAAGGAUGGUGCCAGGAGAAGGAAACACCCUUGGCAUAGGAGCUGGAGGUGCUGCUUUCUCUCUCCUCCCAGGAGGAAGUAGCUGAAGAUGUUUUGCCUCCUUUUUAUGCUCACUGUUAAAGGAAACUGGCUGCAGACAUCAAAUGCCAAGGAGCUAUUAAGAGAUAAUGUCUACAGUAUAUAAAAGAAAUCAGUUGUACUUUCCCCCACCCUGAGAGUCCAUCCUUGACUGCUUUGUGGUAGCAGAGGGCUCAGCCCAGCCUCCCCUGCUCACUGUGUAUAUAUGAUGCUCAGUGAAGCUCUGUCCGUGCAGAUGUCUUGAGAAACGUGCUUGCUGUAAAUCAUGCUCUACUGAUGAAGGGACUGAGACUAUCCCCUGCUUCCAUCCACUGGCACUCAGUGAUGACCAGACCUCCCACCAGCCCCAGGGGCACUUUAUCUAGCAAGGGACCUUGCCAAAGGCUUCUAUUGUAGAACAGUACUGGGGGAGCCAAGAAAGACUUUUCCUCCCCUCCCUCUGAAAGAGACUCGGUGGCAGUGUCUCCGUGCUUUGGAAAUGGUUCCCAUUACAGCCCAGCACGUGUUCCCAGCUGAAGCAGCAUCCCUGAUCCUCUUCUCCAAGGUAAGUGUCCAGAGCUCGAGUAUCAUGACCUGGUUCUAACCAGGUCUCAGCAGCAGCCCUGGUUG